AUCGUCGACGAGACGACGAGGAAACGGUGACGACCACGCGGUGAGACCAGACGAGACUGCCGGAAACGACCGACUGCCGCGGGGCAGACGCGGGGAUCAGCUGGUUCAGCAUUGCCGGAGGGUCGACGUCACGGUUGGAGGUAGCUAGGAACAAGCAACAUUUUGGUUUUGAGUCUGCGAAAUUCUUGUCGUCGAUCGAUCGGCACGAUCGUCGUUUCACGUCGCGCCGCAGCGACCGAUUUAAAAGUACAAAUUUACAGGUGAGCUAGAGAUGGCUGAUCUGGAGGCGAAGCUGACGGCGAGCAAGGUGGUGCUAGACAGAUGCGGCAAAUGGGUGGAAUCGCAGAAGGAUUGUUCCUAUUCCGAGGAGGAGACCCUCAAGCGCAAGCUGGACGAGUUCGAUUACGAUGACUGGUGCAACACCGACUCGGAAUUCGACUCCGUCUCCGAGUGCGGCGGGAAGAAGCGUAAGGUGGGAACGCAGCUGAAGGACGAGGUGCUGAAUCUGGCCUGCGAGUGGAAGGAGUGCGCGUUUCGCAGCGGUUACAUGGAUCAAUUCUUGAGGCACGUCUCGAACCACAUCCCGAGCAUCCAGAUAAGCGUGAAGGACGACAACGAGGUCUACGUGUGUCAGUGGAAGGACUGUCCGUACGACACCAAUGUGUCCGACGAGAUAGUACGGCAUGUUAAUUAUCACGCCUAUCACACCAAGCUGAAGUGCAUUGGUUCCAAUGUUCGUGGAAGGACCAAGUUACCUAAAUGCCACAGGGAUCCAGAAUGGAAGAACAUCAUAGAUUCCCCGCCGCCACAUCUGUGCAGGUGGGAAGAGUGCUUGAAGCCGUUCACGAAUUACCAAUUGUACCUGUAUCACGUUAUGGUGCACAUGAUGGAUUGCCCGCGCGGCAACAGAGUCAAAGACGGGGUCGAGUGCAAGUGGACCGGAUGCAGCGGCAAAUAUCCCAGCUUGUACAAGCUCCGAGAUCACGUGAGAUGCCAUACCAAAGAGAAAAUAGUCGCCUGCCCGGACUGCGGGGUCACGUUCGCCUCUAAAGCGAAAUUUCACACGCAUUGCCAGCGACAGAUCCCCUUGGAAUUGCAAGGAUUCCGUUGUUCGCAUUGCAACAAGAUUUAUCCGACCGAAGGGAUCUUGCGCGAUCAUAUGAGAUUCCACGUGUUCAAUUACAAGUGUACCCUGUGCGACAUGAGCUGCGAAUCACCGGCGGCCUUGGCGAAACACGUCCGGUACCGUCACAUAUCGAGCCGAACGUAUCCGUGCCAGUUGUGCUCGCACGCUGCCAAGUCGCAGCAGGAUCUCGAUUCUCACAUGACUGUCCAUACCAACGGACCGAAUUUCUCCUGCCACUUUGAGGGAUGCCUUUACACGUGCAAGGGAGCUUACACCUUGGACAGGCAUUUAGAACGAGUACACAGUGUAAUGAUGCGAUGGUACUGUUGCCACGAAUGCCCAAUUAAAUACCGAAAGAGCUAUAGCCUGACGAAGCAUCUUAUAGAAGCCCAUCAGCUGCAAUUGCCCAGCGGGCAUAAACGUUUCCAUUACACGCAGAACGAAGACGGGUGUUACAGGGUCCAGAUGGUUCGAUAUGAGGCUGUGGACGAAGAGAACAUGUCGCCCAUCGAAGAGGUGAUUUUACCGGACGUAAAUUACAAAAUAGAGCUGAAGCCAACUAUCUCGUUAACGGAAGUGAAGAUUGUUAAGGCCGAUGCGGAAGAAGAGGCGGAAGCCGUACAGGAGUCGCAAGAGGAAACGGCUGAGAGCGGCGCUGACGAGUCCGUACCUGUUGUACCUAACGGUUUGAUAUCUAUCGAUGAAAUAGACGAGAAAGGGAAUAUUAUAAAACAGAUCGUCGUACAGGAAACGAAAGAGUUACCGCCGUCGGCGGAACCGCUGCUAAUUUUAACGUAACUUCAUAUUUUUUUUUAGAGACUGGA